AUGCUACUCCAUCUUCUCGUGUCCACGGCACUAACCUGGGGGGCUGUUUUGUCCUCUCUGGUCAGUGUCGCCCGCAACGGACCCGACUCUAAAAUCAAGCUCUCUCCUGCUCCUUCUCUGCCCCAGUCUCUGUCCCAGCCUAUCCCGCCUGUCUCGGCUGCUGUGGCCUCCUCGGCCUGGAUCAAGGAUUACCUUCUGUUCUACUCCAAGGAGCCCGAGAUCCACUCUUUGCAAGUGGAAGCGAAACCCAGACGAACCAAGAUCACAAACUACGGCAACCGCUUGUCCAACGAAAACGACCUUUCCUCUUUCACAAGGCACUUGGUCGAGCUGCUGCGUGAAGAGUUCGAGCCGAAGCAGAAGAAACCGAAAACGGUGAAACAGCCGCCGGUGGUGGAUUUGGACAUUGACCAUUUUAUCGCCUAUCUCAUCGAGCACAAGGGCUUUACCGAGAGACAACUCGCUUUUCUUCGCCGUCCCCAACUUGAUUACGGCUACGAUACCAUUGAAAAGGAGCUCACGCUGAUUCGCCGGCAGCAGACGGACCAGAAACACAUUUCCAUUGGUGGCGAGUCCACUGGAUCAAUCAUCGAAACGUCCAACUUUCUUGCCGUCUUUUUGGCAGUGUCUGUUUGGCUCUGA